AUGGAACUUAGAGUGGGGGCUCGCCCUCCGCCCUCCACCGAAAGGGUGUGCCUGACAGUGGAAGAAGUCCCGGAAGUCCCCUGGGCAUACCGGGACUUGAUGAGGGUGUUCAGCGAGCAGGGCGCCAAUGAGCUGCUGCCCCAUAGGGACACGGACUGCGCCAUCGAGCUAAUACCCGGGGAAUCACUCCCGAAAGCCAAAUUGUACCCGAUGGGAUGGGUGGAGAAGGCAGAGCUGCACAAAUUCCUGGACAAGCGGGGCUUUUCAGGCACUAAAACAUCCCUUGCACUAGGAAAACGCUUCUUUUUCCCCAAAGAAGAGGAAAGGAUGCAAUUCCUCAUUUGUUUCAUGAUCAUUGCUCUGGAUUUAGCUUUCAGUGCUAUGGCUAAUCAGAUGGAGGGAAAGAGAAGUCAUGGCUUAGCUGGAAUAGUGCACAGUGAACAUAAAGUUCAUCAUCCCAGAGUCUUCACAGAGGGCGGCCAACAAUGCCGGUUUCCUUUUCGACACAGGGGUGUGCUGCACUUCUCAUGCAUAUCCAAUGCAUUUUCUCCAAAGAAAUGGUGUUCAACCACCCACAAUCAUGACCGAGACAGAGAAUGGGAUUUUUGUUCCACUUCGUCUAAUGAAUCUCUAGGUUGUCUGGAUCCUUGUGGAAGUUCUCCUUGCAGAAAUGGAGGAACCUGUUUCACUGCGCUUGAUCCAUGUUCUUCCCAUUGCUCGUGCCCUGAAGGAUUUGCAGGGGAAACCUGUGAAGUGGCAAAAUGUUUUGAUGAAAACCUCUAUGAGUAUUUUGAGAUCAGAGAACACUGGGCCAGGAUCCAUGAAGGGAUCGUGCAAGAAUGUACUUGUGUAGACAGUCGAGUCGAAUGCUGGCCAACCCCUCAUACAGGUUGCACCACCAACCCUUGCCUCCACAGCAGUCUCUGCAGGAAGAUUAUCUCCACGGGGGAAACCGUCUGCGGGUGUCAAAAACCCUUUAUGGGAAGAAACUGCAAUAUUGCUCCUAGCCAACAGUGCUAUCGUGGGAAUGCAACAAAUUACAGGGGUGUAAUGAAGAUGACUGCUUCUGGAGGCCAUUGUCUGCCGUGGAAUUCAGACUUGUUUUACCAAGAGCUCCAUUCAGACACCGUUGAAAACCCUGUGCAACUGGGAUUGGGGUCACACUCAUACUGCAGGAAUCCGGAUGAUGACGUGAAGCCUUGGUGCUACGUACUACAUGGUAACACUGUGUCUUGGGGUCACUGCAAUGUCACGUUAUGCGCCAGCAGAAGAAGAAUGAUGCCCAACCCAGAAAUCUCUGAAGACUUUGCUGUUGUCAGAAGGUCGUGUGGGAGAAAACAUAAGAAGCGGAGUUUUGCUCGCCCGCGGGUUAUUGGCGGCUCUGCUGCGCUGCCAGGAUCCCACCCUUGGCUGGCUGCCAUAUAUAUGGAAAACAAUUUCUGUGCCGGCAGCCUUAUCCGUGCUUGUUGGGUCGUGACAUCCGCGCAUUGCUUCGCUAACAGUCCACCGAAGUCAACGAUCCGGGUUGUUCUGGGGCAGCAUUUUUUCAAUAAAACAACAGACAUUACUCAAGAAUUCGGGGUAGAGAAGUACAUCAUGUUUCCUGAUUACACAGUUUACAACCCAACUGAAAACGAUAUUGCUUUGGUUAAGCUCAAGAAGGUCAACCAACGCUGUGCCGUGAAGUCCCAAUUUGUUCAUCCAAUCUGCUUGCCAGAAAAUGGACUGACCUUUCCUGAUAAUUGUAAAUGCCAAAUUGCAGGAUGGGGCCACUUGCAUGAAAAUGCAUCCAGCUACUCUCGAGUCCUGCAGGAAGCCAUCAUUCCUAUCAUCCCUGAUUACAAGUGUCAGCAUUAUGAAGUGUAUGGAGCUGAAAUCAGUGCAAAUAUGUUUUGUGCUGGUUACUUCGAUAGCAAAUCAGACGCCUGCCAGGGAGAUUCUGGAGGGCCACUGGUCUGUGAAAAGGACGGGAUAUCUUACCUGUAUGGCAUUGUCAGCUGGGGGGACGGCUGUGGCCGGGCAAAGAAGCCUGGCGUUUAUACAAGAGUGACCAAAUAUUUGGACUGGAUCAAUGAGAAAACAGCUCCAAAAGAUUCACAGUAGCUCUUUACAAUGACAGUAUCUUUUACAACUUUCUACAAUUGUAGGUUGCCAUAAUAAUUUUGCAAAUACUAAG